AGUGGUUUCUGGGAUGGGAACCACGCCGCUUUUCAGCCUCAGUUCCAGGAGUGAAGCGCGGACCUUUCAACAAGAGCUUUAUUAAUUCCCACGCUGGGAUCUUGGAAAGAGAUGGAGGUGGCGGCUAAUUGCUCCCUGCGGGUGAAGAGACCUCUGUUGGACCCCCGCUUCGAGGGUUACAAGCUCUCUCUCGAGCCACUGCCCUGUUACCAGCUGGAACUUGACGCAGCUGUGGCAGAGGUAAAACUUCGUGAUGAUCAAUAUACACUGGAACACAUGCAUGCUUUUGGGAUGUAUAAUUACCUACACUGUGAUUCAUGGUAUCAAGACAGUGUCUACUAUAUUGAUAACCUUGGAAGAAUAAUGAAUUUAACAGUGAUGCUGGAUACUGCCUUAGGAAAACCACGAGAGGUGUUUCGACUACCUACAGAUUUGACGGCAUGCGAUAAUCGCCUUUGUGCAUCUAUCCAUUUCACAUCAUCCACCUGGGUUACCUUGUCAGAUGGAACUGGAAGAUUAUAUGUUAUUGGAACAGGUGAACGUGGAAAUAGUGCUUCUGAAAAAUGGGAGAUUAUGUUUAAUGAAGAGCUUGGGGAUCCUUUUAUCAUAAUUCACAGUAUCUCUUUGCUAAAAGCUGAAGAACAUUCCAUAGCUAUCUUAAUUCUUCGAAUAGAGAAAGAAGAAUUGGAUAUGAAAGGAAGUGGUUUCUAUGUUUCUCUGGAGUGGGUCACUAUCAGUAAGAAAAAUAAAGAUGGUAAAAAGUAUGAAAUUACUAAGCGUGAUAUUCUCCGUGGAAAAUCGGUGCCAAAUUAUGCUGCUAUUGAGCCAAAUGGAAAUGGUCUAAUGAUUGUCUCCUACAAGUCCUUCAAAUUUGUUCAGGUUGAUCAAGAUCUUGAAGAAAAUAUGAAUGAAGACAUGUCAGAGAAAAUCCAAGUAGAACCUCUGUAUUAUUGGCAACAAACUGAAGAUGAUUUGACAGUGACAGUACGGCUUCCAGAAAACAGCGUUAAAGAAGAUGUUCAUGUGCAGUUUUUACCUGAUCACAUCAACAUUAUGCUGAGGGAUUGCCAGUUAUUGAAAGGAAAGCUGUAUUCAUCUAUUGAUCAUGAAAGCAGUACAUGGAUAAUUAAAGAGAAUAAUAGCUUGGAGAUUUUCUUGAUUAAAAAGAAUGAAGGAUUGACAUGGCCUGAGCUAGUGGUUGGUGAUAAACAAGGGGAACUUAUAAGAGACUCAGCCCAAUGUGCUGCCAUAGCUGAACGUUUGAUGCAUUUGACUUCUGAAGAACUGAAUCCAAAUCCAGAUAAAGAAAAACCUCCUUGUAAUGCUCAAGAGUUAGAAGAAUGUGACAUUUUUUUUGAAGAGAGUUCCAGUUUAUGCAGAUUUGAUGGCAGUACAUUAAAAACUACUCAUGUGGUAAACCUUGGAAGCAACCAGUACCUUUUCUCUGUCGUAGUAGAUCCUAAAGAAAUGCCCUGCUUCUGUUUGCGCCAUGAUGUUGACGCCCUACUCUGGCAGCCACACUCCAGCAAACAAGAUGAUAUGUGGGAACACAUUGCAACUUUCAAUGCUCUAGGUUAUGUCCAAGCAUCAAAAAGAGACAAAAAAUUUUUUGCCUGUGCUCCAAAUUAUUCCUAUGCAGCCCUUUGUGAGUGCCUUCGUCGAGUUUUCAUCUAUCGUCAGCCUACUCCCAUGUCCACUGUGCUUUACAACAGAAAGGAAGGCAGGCAUGUAGGGCAGGUUGCUAAGCAGCAAGUAGCUAGCCUAGAAACCAAUGAUCCUAUUUUAGGCUUUCAGGCAACAAAUGAGAGAUUAUUUGUUCUCACUACCAAAAACCUCUUUUUAAUAAAAGUAAAUACAGAGAAUUAAUUUUUCCAACAUGUUGACUUCUCUGUACUGGGAAAGUAUUCAGCAGUGACUAAAGGACUGGGUAGUUAUACCAUAACCUGUUAAGUUUUAAUAUAUUAAAAAUAUCUCAUGGAUUUUUUAUAUUUUAAAGGAUAUUAGAAAUGUAUUUAAAAGAUUAUGAUACUGUAAAAACUAUGGAAUGAAACUGCAGAUUUAGAAACAUUGGCUUCUGUAAAAAAAAAUGUAGUAUUGGCAAGUAUAAUUAUUUUUAAAAAACAAGCUAGAAUCUCAUAUUUUAUAAAUGAAACAUGUGUAGUUCAGUGUUUAAAAUAAAAAUAUAUAAAAAAAAAAUAAAAUAAAAUAAAAUAAAAAUAUAUAUCAUGUACUUUUCAUUGAUUAGGUUGGUACGUCUGUAGAAUGUUUAGGUUAACAGUUGAAAUGUUGAGUAUUGUAAAAACUUAUUUAAAUGGACUAAAUAUCUGAGUCUAUGCAAAGCAGGAAGUAUAGCAGGUUGAAUAGUCCUAAAGUUGCUCAGAGAUCUUGGUUGUCUUUCAGAUGAAGCAUAGCUUUAUUUAAUUUUUAAUUGUUUUGCUCUGCCACCUAGAUAAGGUUAACUACCAUGUUAUCCAUUGUUGCAUAAGAAAGUACCCCAAAACCCAGUGAUUUAAAAUAAGAUUUAUGACUUUUCACUGUUCUGUAAGUUGACUGGCUGUGCUCUGCAUGGCCUCUCAACUUUUAGUAUGCUAAACUGGGCUGCAUCCCACAACAGAACAAAUGUUUGAAGAGGGCAAGCUUCAAUAUGCAGUACCAUGCCUGUACUCCCUUCAUAUUUGCAAGUCACAUGGCCAAGUCUAGAAUCAGUGUCAGAGAGGACUAUAUAAGGACAUAGACAGCAGGAAGUAUGAUUCAAUAGAGCCAUUAAUGUAGUAGUCUACAAACAAGGACUAAGGACAAUAAAUUCUCACAGCUUAAACAAAAUAAUUCUGUUUGUACAUUAAUUUUUUUCACCAUGAUUUUCAGUUUUAUUUCCCUAGGUUUCUUUUGUUUCCCCCCCCCUUUUUUUUUUUUGGUUGUUGUUGUUGUUGUUUUGGUACCAGGGAUUGAAUUCAGGGGCCCUUAACCAUUGACUCACAUCCCCAGACCUUUUUUAGUUUUGUUUUUAGAGACAGGGUCUUACUGAGUGGCUCGGGGCCUUACUAAGUUGCUGAGGCUGGCUUGGAUCAUCCUGCCUCAACCUGUGCCCAGCUCCCUGGGUUUCUUUUAGUUUUUAGUUAUCUGGAGUUUUUCUUAAUAAGACUUUACUCUAAAAAGCAGAAAAUGAAGAUAAAAAGAGGUAAGAUAGAAAAUAGCUGUUCCUAACUUAUCUUUUGUCAAUCUGAGCAAGUAUUUCACUGAAUUGGAUUUUAAUGAAAGAAGAAAAAACAGGCUUAACAGAAGAGAAGGGAAAAGAUGGGAAUUGCUUACAUGUUCUUAAUCCCAUCUCAGAAUGCAGUUUCCUAGAGAGAAAUUUAAAUGGGUUUAAAAUAUAUUACUAAUUUUUGCCCCAAUUUAAAAUAAAAGAUUUGUAGCUUGGGUAUAUGGAAAAUGUCAAAGUCAGAAAAUAUGGUUUCUAGAUUGAAAGAUUACAUAAAUUUACUUUUGUCUUCUCCCUGGUACCAAAGAAGUUGCUUUCAAGUUUCUUCUCAUAAAUAUACAGUUUUGAGGAGUUACUUAACUAUUAAGUGAAAGUAAUAUUCCCUAAUCCAUAAACUCAAAUGUGAAAAUCUAAAAUAAAGUCUCAUUAUGGAGAGUAUAGUUAUUAUAUCUUCCCCCCACUGUGGAAUUAGGCCUCUUAAUACAAAUAAUGGAAAAACAGACCUAAAUUAACUUAGGCAAAAGAGAGGAAUUAAUGGCUUAUAUUGCCAAAAUUUCAAUAAUAGCUCUGAGUUUAAUCAUUGAUACGUUAAUGAUCAGUUUUCACUCACAGCCACCUAGCUCCGUACGUGUUUGCUCCAUAUUUUAAUAAGUUCUUGCCUCACUAUAGUGAGAAAUAUGGUUGUUACAUCCCUGCAUUCUUAUAUCUAAUAGGAAACCUUUGUCCCAGAAAUCAUAGCAAAAGCUCAUUGUGAAUGAUUGGUUCUUAAUGGGUCAGGUUCCCAUUUAUGAGCCAACUACAUGAUAGAGAUUUUGCUUUUGGAAAGUACCCACUGGCUUAUAUUUAAAUAAUACUCUCCGUACCUGGGGCCAAAGAGUGGAGAUAGUAAUACACAAAUGGAAUUAUAAAUUAUGGUCUAGCUUCUGAAAUAAAGAAUGGAUGUCACUGCCCCCAGAUAUAGGAAAUGAGCACUGAAAUGCUAUUUGCUACAAGAAAAAUUAUUAAUAAAAAGAAAUAUAAUGAAACAAUGUGGUUAUGGUAAUAGAAAAUUUCUGAUAAAUUCUUUUUUUAAAAAAAGUAGCCAUUUUAACAGCAUUAUUGAGGAAUCGACUGAAAAUAAAAGAAAAUUUCAAUGAAAGAAACAUUGAAAGAUUUCACAAAAUGGAGACAGGAUUGCAUUUAAGAAGCAGGGUUUGUGCACAAUUUCAGCCUUUGCCUGGAAUGUGAACUGUGGCCUCCUUCAGCCUUUGACCACAGGCAUCUGAACCACUGGACAGUUAAAUUGUGCAUAGCAAUUCAAGGUGCAUACCAAGGGGUCUAAGUACUCUUGUUUAUGGACAUUUGCAUUCUGUUUGUACUUUCUUUAUCUUCUAUCAGUCCUGUCACUGUUUUUUCUCAACAUACAGAAAUCCUUAUUAGCUCCCACUUUUCCUGCCUUCAUUGGAGCACUGAUUCACAGCCGUCUGAAUCUGUGUAUUCCAAAUUACAAUUUAUAAAAGAUUCCCUCUCCCCAAAUAAAGUCCUUUUUCACUUCUGCA